UUUCUUUCUUUCUUUCUUUCUUUCGUUUUUUUCCUUUUGAGCGUCCCGGUCAAGGCCAUCGUCGGAAAGACGAACAAGAGUUUACUUUUGCAAGCUCCACGAGUAAGUAAUCAAGAGAUCUCUUCCUAUAGCUUGUGCGUAGUGAACUCUUGGCCGCGCUGCCUGAGGAGAAGUUUUUGAGACAUGAAUCGCAAGGUCUUGGAAUGAUGCUGUGUGGCCAAGCUCAGGCGCGUUUUUUGCUUCAAAUUUUUGGAAAGACUCUCUUUUAUAGAAUAAAAAGAGCCAACUUUUGGAGAUGGACUCUGGUUUUUAGGGCUCCUCGCGAUGGCUGCUCCUGGGUCGUUGCUACUUUCCCGUCUCAUGGGAAGGGAAAGCAACGACCAGACUGAUGAAACAGAUGCCCGCAUUUUCAUCUCUGGAACUUCUCUCAAGGUGUCUAAUCCUCCUCUCAGCUCCGAUGGUUGUAGCGAGCUGUUGCAAGCAGUGGAAAACAGCCAAACUGUGAUCACGGAGAUCGAUCUUUCCGGAUGCAAUAUCAGCAAAGCAGAUGAGCUAGCAGAACUUAUCAGAAGCUGUGAACACCUCCAAAGACUCCUGCUGGAAGGUAACAGCAUCGGAUUAGCUCGCACCGGGAUAUUAUCUCUAACAUCGGCUAUUGCUCUCAGCUCCACUCUCACGGAGCUGGAUCUGCGAAACAACAGAAUAGGGCCGUCUUUCGCUGCUGCUUUGGCAAAUGCUAUUCGUGGGACUCGUUCCCUCUGCUUCAUAGACCUUAGAUGGAAUUCUAUCGGUCCCAGUGGUGCUGCAGCUUUUAUCAACUUGCUUCAAAAGAAUCCGAGUCUAGCUGGGAUCCAACUUGCUGGCAACGGAAUCCCUCAGAAACUUUUGUCAGAGAUUGAUAAACUUGUUGAGGAUAAUCGUACCAACUGUGUGACACCUCAUGUUCGAGCUCACGUACCACAUCCCCUUGAGGAGGAAUUCAAGUGGGAGAACCGAGAAGGCAUGCAAGCAAUUUAUUCGGGACGAAUAGCUGCAAUGGUGGAAGAGAUAAACAACCUGAAAUCUCAUGUGGACUUGCUGAAAAAAGAAAAGGAAGAUACAAAGCUGGAAGUCUUGGAAGCUGAAAACCACGUCAAGGCUCUUAAGCUUGAGCUUACAGAGGAAGCACUCUUGAGAAAGUACGCCGACAAGGAAGCGAAUCAAGUGAAGGAAGAGUUAUACGCUACACAACAAAAACUCGCUCAUGCUGAGGAAAAGCUAGCAGAAGAUGCUCGAGUUGCCAGUAGCACUGCAGAAGCGCACAAUGCUGCUCUUGCAGAAGCUGGAAAAAGGGUGAAGGCUGCAGAAGAAAGAUAUGACGCAGUAGUAUCAGAAAAUAUUUCUUUGAAAGAUCAGAUUGCAUGCAACAAAAACGAGCACUUGAUGCAGCUCCGGUCAGUUCAGGAAAAUGCUGCUACCGAACAGCACAACGCCAUCUCUAAUGUCAAGAGGCUCGACUUUGAGCACAGGGCGAGCGUCGAAGCACACGCAAAAGAGGUUAUGAGGAUGCAAGCGGAAUUUGAGGCAGAGAUUAAACGCGUCAAUGGAGAGAAGGAAGCUGCGCUACGAGAAGUUGAUGCGUUGAAAUCGAUGACCUCGGCCCUUGAAAUGCAAUUUGCAGCAAAGGAGAAGGCCCUCCAACUGGAAAAGGAGCAAACCGAGCAAGUUUUGCUGGCCCGGGUGGCAAACGUAAAAUCUGAAAUGGAAUCGCUGCAGGCUGAACUUGACAAUAUGCGAAGAGAAGUUUCAAAGGCCAGAAAGAAACAUACCUCUGAAAUCGAAGAGUACGAGACAAAGAUCGCUCAAAGCAGAACUUUGCAGCAUCGCAUGGAGCUGGCCAAGUCCGACUUGGAAGAGAGAAUUUUCGCACUCACCAGUGACAAGGUCCAGCUACAGGAAAAAAGUAAGCUAGCAGAGGACAGAGAAAGGCUUUUGGAGAAGAAAAUGGAGCUUGAAAAGCUCAAGUAUGCAGAGCAGACUUCCGGAGAGAUUUCUAGACAUAUAGAAGAGAAACGACGCAUCGACGGAGAGCUACAGAGCGCAAGGAUCCAACUCCACAACAUGCGGAAUUCUCUUGAAGAGCUGCAAGCCGAGCAGGAACGAAGGAAAGUAGAGGUGGAAAAACGCGUCCUGGGUGUAGAAACGCAAUUUAUCGAUUGCAUCCGUCAACAGUUUGCUGGCCUGAGAAACUCCCAGUCACAUAGGUAUGUGUUAAGCAGCAAUGGUUUCAAUUAGUUUCUAUUGUCCCAGGAUCGAAGCUUAUAGUAACUUAUGAUCUUGGCAAACCUCCACGGCUCUGCCCAACGCUUGCAGCGAUCAUAACUCUCCUCGAGCAUGGGAUUGAUGGCGUAGCACUCCUCGGUGGUCGUCCCAGCUUAUGUACUCUUGUGGCUCUAUAUGGCACGCUAAUGUAGGGACUGAUGAUUCCAUUUUAGCUUAGAGGACAUUUAUAGAAAUUCCAUACAGUUCUAAGGUUUUCAACUUAGUAUACCAUUGGUAUCAAACAAUGUAAAAUAUUAUAUUUGAACCUUCAAGUUGAUUUUAA